AUUAAUCGUAACCUAAAAAGAAAAAUAAUAAAAUAGGUAUAAGAUGUUUUGAAAUAUUUUCGGUAUCUCUAAAUUCCAGUGUAUGGCCAAGAUAAAUGGGAAAAGUAUGAGAAAGCUCGAAAUAACAUUAAACUCUUGUAGUUUUUUUCUGGAGAAGAACAUGCUUUCUUUUUUCCUUAAAAUUUUAAAGCAAAAAUGUGGAAGCUACGUAUGUGUGCAGCUAUUACAAACAUUAAAUAUUUUGUUUGAAAACAUUCGAAAUGAAACCUCUCUAUAUUACUUAUUGAGCAAUAAUCAUGUAAACUCAAUUAUUGUACAUAAAUUUGAUUUUUCUGAUGAAGAAGUUAUGGCCUAUUAUAUUUCUUUUCUGAAAACAUUGUCUCUUAAACUUAACAGCCAUACGAUACAUUUUUUUUAUAAUGAUCAUACGAAUGAUUUCCCUCUUUAUACUGAAGCAAUCAAAUUUUUUAACCAUUCUGAAUCAAUGGUUAGAAUCGCUGUUAGGACAUUAACUCUAAAUGUUUAUAGAGUACAAGAUAAUUCAAUGCUGAGGUUUAUCAGGAAUAAAACUGCUGCUCCAUACUUUUCUAAUCUAGUGUGGUUUAUUGGAAAUCAUGUUGUGGAAUUAGAUACAUGUGUACGUAAUGAUGCUGACCACUCAAGCCAGUCUCGGUUAGCUGAUCUUGUUGCUGAACAUUUAGAUCAUCUUCAUUACCUUAACGAUAUUUUAAGUUUGAACAUUGAGGAAUUAAAUGAUGUACUCAUUGAUCAUUUAUUAAAUAAACUUUUUAUACCUUUAUAUAUAUUCUCUCUCUUACCUGCUCAAAAUUUAGGAAAUCAAGAAAAAAAGCCUUCAAUCAGUAGUGUGGUCUCAUUGUUUCUACUAUCUCAAGUCUUCCUUAUAACAAAGCAGAAACCUUUAGUACAUGAUCUUGCUCAAGUAAUUCUUCAAAGUACCACGGCUCAUUGGGAAAAUGGUUCUUUUGUUACUCAGACUCGCCCUGUUUUUGUUGCACCCAAACAGUCAUUAGAAGAAUCAUUAGAUUCAGAUAACUCUUCAUCAGUAGCAGAUAAGAAAACUGAUGACUUAGGAGAAGCUUUAUCAAAUUUAAAUAUUACUGAUGAAGAAAAAGAACAAAGGUUAGCUCAAGAGAACCAAAAAGUGUUCUUAGAAGUUGUUGUAGCAAGUCUGGACUGCUCUGAAAAUGACUAUGCAGCUCUUUUCGCUCUUUGUUUGCUGUAUGCAGUAUCACAAAAUUCAGGCAUUGAUCCUGAGUUACUCGCUGGGUUUUUAAUUCCGUGUGUUGCUUCAAAAGCACCCAAGUACAAUAAUUGGUUUGUUCAGAAGCUUAUUAAUAUUAUCAGUGAUAGUUGUCAAACAGUGAGUAAAGUUCGAUUGGUUACGUUAGAACUAGCAAUAUGUCUCCUCUUGCGAUUAGUGGUCCAUGAUAACAAGAGUAUAUUAAGUGAUUCGCAUUUCGCAAUCCUCAUGAAUGCGAAAGAAGAAAGCACUGCCCUAUUAAGAAAUUAUUACAAGAGGGAAGAAAUGUUCGGAGAAAUGUUUGAGAGUGAAGAUGAAGAAUUGCGUAAAAAGCCUUUAAAUGUUGAGUGGCUGAUGAUGGAUUCAAAUAUUCUUUUGCCUCCAACCGGUACUCCAUUAACUGGUAUAGAAUUCGGAAAAAGAUUGCCUUGCGGAGAGGUUGAAAGGGCUAGAAGGGCUAUAAGAGGGUUCCUAUUAAUAAGAAGUUUGUGUUUAAAAUUGUCUGGAGAAGAAGAAACUCAGUUGCCGCUUACUAAUAGGAAUGAGUGUAUUCAAAAUGACACUACUUUAAAUCUCACUAACAGUGACCUGCUUUCUUGUCACGUGAUUGGAGCUGAUGGUGUUCGAAAUCAUAGAUUUUUGGUUGUGGAAAGUAAUCAAAUUAUUCUGGUUGUCCCAGUUCCAGGACAGCUUGGAUACGGACGACCCAAAAUGGCUGCAAUGCUUCACGAUCUGGAUGUCAGUAACGACAAACAGGAUUCGAGGUCACUAUAUAUAUCUGCAAAGUUUACAACUAUUGGUCCGAUGGUCAAUACCAAAUUCAUAUUUGACGAUUCCAUCCGUUGUAUGGCCGCACAACAAAGGCUAACAAAAGGAAGACUUAAAGCGAGGGAAGAAAAAUUACGCCAGAUGGAGAAACUAUUGGAUAUUCCUGUUACUGAUUCUCCAUCUUAUAAUUUACUUCAUCAGCUUCGUCAUCAUCACAGAUCUCAGGGUGGAAGGUCUCUUUUUUCACAUCGCAUCCCUGGGAUUGCUACACCUGUGCGUAUUCCGCCUAUCAGCCCUAGGAGCAGCAGGGAAGGUGACAAAGACAAAGGUGACAGCAGUUCUGCAGGUUCUCGAUCUAGGGAGAGCUCACCAAAAACACCCAGAGGGUCUCCAAAGAUGCCACGACCUAGAAGUGAAGAGAUUCAAAUGGAAAGCAUUUCCACUAAAAGAGGAAGCUUAAUAUCAUCCACCUCCUCUUCUGUUACGCAAGAAGAAAGUGCAUCAUGCGAGGCAAAUGCUCCUGAGACAGCAAGUUCGACUGAAGUGGCAUUAUCUAAUAAAGAAACAUCAUUUACAGAUCCCCCAACGGAAAGUUCGAAUAUUAAACGAAAGGGAAAAGUUGAAACUGUUUAAGAACCCUGAAAAAUAAUAUUAGACUCGUCUUUAAAAUAUUUGGGCUGUGAUAUCUUUCCUAUUCUACGUGACAUUCAUUUAUCCUUGUUAUAGCUUUUAAAAACAGAAAAUAGUUUAUUAUUGUUAAAUAUUUCCUUUUUUUACUGUUGCUUUGUUAUAAACAUUGUUAUAUUAAGAUUUUGUACUAAUGAUUUAUUAUAUUAUUUAUUGUUCAAAAUCAUUAAUUUUAUUCAACCUGAGAAUAUCAUUAAAUUAUUGUUAAACAGAUACAAGAUAAUAUUGUAAAUUCUAUCGUAGAUUGUAUUAUUGUGUAUCUGAUGUUUAUAUUUUAACUGUCUCAAUUUGUGAGAGGUUUAAAAUUUUACAUUUUGUCAUACUUUUUUUAUAUAAAUAUUUUAUUUUAUCAAAUUUUUAAAAAAAAAUUUAAAAAUAUCUGAAACAUUAUUUUAGUAGUUUUAAAACAUUUCCCAUAGCAUUUACCUCUAAGAAUUAAUUUUCAAAGCAUCUAUAGAAUUUAAUGGAAAAACUUGCUUAAGGCAUUCUGUGAUUUGGAGUAGAGAUUAAAAGGUGAAUUUUAUUUUUUCAAGUUGAAAAAAAAUAUAUAAUAUAAAAAAAAAACCUUUGAAUCUCUUAAAUCUUCCAUAUUCUCAGGUUAAUUCUACUUUAUUUUUAAUUUGUGGUUUAUUUAAAUAUAAGUUGAUAAUAAAAUGUAGAUUUAUUUUAAAUAAAAAAAAUAUAUAUAUAUGGAUAAAAAAAAAAGUUUAGUACAUAAUAAAACAGUGGCAUUUGUUUAAAAAUUAGUAACAUGAAUAAGGGUCAAUUGUAACACUGAACAGUAACUUACAAGGUGAAAGUUGUAUAUCUAAUUGUUAGUUUCAUAUUAUUUUUUUCUUCUUUAUUUUCUGGUUUUUAUUUUUAUUAGAUAUGUUAGACAAAAAAAUAAUGUAACAUGGGAUAAUUUAAAAAUUGUGGAUAUUUUAUAUUGGUUAAAACUAAAUUUUUUUUCUAACAUUUCAUUAUAAAAAUAGUAAAUUGAUGUAACAUAGGGAUAUUUUUUUUGUUUUAUCUUUAUGUAUAAUAGUGGUGAUUAUUUUGUUUUUUUAUUAUUAUUUGAGACAGCUAUCAUAAAUUUCACUUUAUUAUGUGAUAUAAUAUACUAGUCCACCUAGCAAUAAACAUAUUAACAUUUCAAAUAAAAUAUUAUUUUAUUAAAAUAUAGUUGUUUUUUAUUCUAUUUGUAU